AUGUUGGGAGCCCCUACCUCGCCCUUGGGUGGUGCGCCUGCAAGCUUUGGGAGGCAGCCCCCUUUCCCCCCCAUCCGGGUAUGGCCACCGCGGGCGCUCAAGGGGGUUUCGUUCUCCGUUUCAGGCAAGUCCUGGAAAGCCUUGAGCCUCUCACAGAAGCGUCCCUACGUGGAGGAGGCCGAGCGGCUGCGGGUGAAGCACAUGCAAGAUUACCCCAACUACAAAUACCGGCCCCGGCGGAAGAAGCAGGUCAAGCGGAUCUGCAAGCGGGUGGACCCCGGGUUUUUGCUGGGCAGCCUGACGCGGGACCAAAACGCGGUGCCGGAGAAGCGGACCUGUGGCCGGGCCGGCGGGGAGAAAGAGGGGCCGGGUGAGUACCCGCCUCGCCCGGGCUUGCCAUCCAUCCGGGGAUACCGGGAAGCCUCGGGCAGCAGCAGCAGCACCAGCGUGGACACCUACCCCUACGGGCUGCCCACCCCCCCGGAGAUGUCUCCGCUGGACGCCAUAGACCCCGAGCAGAGCUUCUUCUCCUCGCCCUGCCCCGAUGAGCACCACCGCUCCCACCUCACUGGAGCCACCUACUCCCCAGAGUAUGCGGGCAGCUCCCUCCCGUGCAACCACCACCCUCUCAGCCCCAUGACGCAGCCGGCCACCUGCAUGAUCCCCCCGGCCUCCAGCUGCCCUCCCCUUCCUCCUCCUCCUCCUCCCACCUACUACACACCCGCCUUCCCCUCCCUGCACCCCCCUAGCCUCCAUGCCCACCUGGGCCAGCUCUCCCCACCGCCCGACCACCACGGCUUUGACACCUUGGACCAGCUGAGCCAAGCCGAGCUCUUGGGGGAGAUGGACCGCAAUGAGUUCGACCAGUAUCUCAACAACCCCGGCCACAGCGACCACCACAGCGGGGUGUUGGUCAACGGACACGUCCCGGUGUCUGGCAGCUCCCACACCUCCGAGACCAGCCUCAUCUCUGUCCUCGCCGAUGCCACGGCCACCUACUACAAUAACUACAGCGUCUCCUAG